AUGGCGCCUGUCGCGCCCUCGCUGCAUCAUGCUCCGCCGCCCACACUCGAAGGCGGCCAGCUCGAGAACCCGACCGGCAAGCUGUGCCUCCUCACGGCGCUGUACGCAGUCCAGGGCGUGCCGUUUGCUCUGAUCAUCGGUACUCUCCCCACCCUGUUUGCCACGAGCGUCUCCGACGCCCGCAUCGGCGUGCUCAGUCUCGGAGCGUGGCCAUUUGCGCUCAAGGCGCUCUUCGCGCCUCUGGUGGACUCUUACUUCAGCCGGAAGGCCUGGGUCAUCCCGUGCACGCUCGCCAGCGGCGCCCU